AUGAAAUCAUAGUAUGAUUACUCUAAUGUUUUAUUCGAAUGCAUAAUGGUUCGUAAACAUUUUAUCAACGAUGUGAAGUAUUAUUGUUAUGUUCUAAAUGAUUAUAUGCUGAUGAGUAGAGUAAGAUAUAUUUAGUACGUUAGAAAGCAAAGGAUUCUUCUCCAAAAUAUGUUUUAUCAUUAUAGUUGACAAAUUAAGUAGGAUGGAUAAUUGAGAAGAAAGAUAAGAAAAUAUAGUUAAAAGCUUUUACAAUUAAGUAUAUGGAAAAGUAUAAAGACUUUGUGGGGAGCAACAAUGACUUGUAGAAGUAAUGGAAAUAAAAUUAAGUAGACUAAAAGAACAUCUUAGAAAUAAAGUGACAUUCUAUAAGAUUGCUGAUUUCUAUGAAGCACAAUAUAAUUUAGGGAAAGGGAGUUCAGCAAAAGUUAUCCAAAUAAAAGACUUAGGAAAUGAAUAAUCAAAAUUGGCAGCAAAAGCGAUAGAUAAAAGUUAUCUUUAGAAAAGUGAAUCUGGAAUGUAGGCUUUUUUGAAUGAAGUCAAUAUACUGAGUCAUUUAAGUAAGUAGAAUACUUGUGCUCCUUUUAUUAAAUUACAUGAAACAUAUGAAGGAGAUCAUACAUUUUAUCUGAUCCUAGAUUUAAUGUAAGGACGUACCUUAGCUGAUGAGUUAGACAUUCUUAAAGUAAAAGUAAAUAUAAUCUAAAAGCAAAGAAAGGAGAUGUUUCCUAUGAAAUUAGUAAAAGUUAUCAUGAAACAAUUAUUACAAGGUAUAAAGAUACUUCAUGAUAAUAAUGUCAUACAUAGAGAUUUAAAACCAGAUAACAUUAUGUUUCGUGAAUUAGAUUCUUAUGAGACACUUACAAUUGUAGAUUUUGGAUUAUCAACCUUUACUGAUGUUACUAAGUAUUAAUUUCCUAAAUGUGGUACUCCUGGAUAUGUUGCACCUGAAAUUUUAAAUUUAGUUGAUAGAUCAACUAAAUAUGAUAAAGUUUGUGAUAUAUUUAGUUGUGGUUGCAUAUUUUAUAAAUUACUAUUUGGUCAUAGUUUAUUUAUGGGAAAUACUUUUAAUGAAGUUUUGGCAUAAAAUAAAAAAUGUAAUUUUACACUUGAUGGUCCUGAAAUGACUUCUAUUCCUUUUGAAGCUUAAGAACUACUUAAAAGAAUGUUAGCCAAGAAUCCUUCUGAAAGAAUCACUGCUUAAUAAACUUUAGAAUCCGAUUUCUUUAACAAAAUUUCAUCUCCAUUACAAUCAAAAAGUAUAUUUAUUUAUAUAAAAUUAGAAACCAAAUCAUUUAAUGCACCUAAUAUUAGUAGUAGGAAUAUAUUCCAACCUACAACAGAUGGAUUAUUAUCUGAAGCUGAAUCUCCAUUUUAAAGAAUUGGUUAAAAAUAUAAAAAUUAAGUUGAUUUUGAUGUUGAUAUUCAAGAAAAUAAAUGCUCUUCUAUUUAAAUUAGAUAAUUACCUUCUGUUAAAAAGCCUACUUGUGUAAGAUUAGAAGAUUCAACAAUGGGUAGUUUCUAUGCUAAAGAUCCUUUGAGUAGUUUUAAGAAACUGAAAGGAAGUAUUAAAUUGAUAUUUAUUUUAAGCAUCUUAAAAAUAAUUGAAUGAGACAAAAGAAAUUAAAAUUAAUCAAUUCGAUAUUGAUUAAAUGCAAAGAAUCUCAUUAUUUAACAGAAAAGAAGAUUAUUGA